UGCGCACGCCGCUGGAGCCGCGCUGCCCUCUGCGCUCGCCACCCGCGCGGGGCAUCUCCGGAGCCUGGAAACGGGAACAGGCUUGAAGUAUGGCAUGUGGCAAAGAUGGUUUCUGCCAAGAAGGUGCCCGCGCUCGCGUUGUCCGCCGUGGCCAGUUUCGCCCUCCUGCACGCCCUGUGCCUGGCGGAUUGUUUAAACGAAUCCCCAGGACAGAACCAAAAGGAAGAGAAAUUAUGCCCGGAAAAUUUUACCCGCAUCCUGGACGGUUUACUCGAUGGUUAUGACAACAGGCUGCGUCCCGGAUUUGGGGGUCCUGUUACAGAAGUCAAAACUGACAUAUAUGUUACCAGCUUUGGACCUGUUUCUGAUGUUGAAAUGUCUACUGCCAACUCUUUUCCCGAGGAAUACACGAUGGAUGUCUUCUUCAGACAGACAUGGAUUGACAAAAGGCUCAAAUACGACGGUCCCAUUGAGAUUUUGAGAUUGAACAAUAUGAUGGUAACAAAAGUAUGGACCCCUGAUACUUUCUUCAGGAAUGGAAAGAAAUCUGUCUCGCAUAAUAUGACAGCUCCCAAUAAGCUUUUUAGAAUUAUGAGAAAUGGCACUAUUUUAUACACAAUGAGACUCACCAUCAGCGCAGAGUGUCCAAUGAAACUGGUGGAUUUCCCCAUGGAUGGCCAUGCCUGUCCUUUGAAAUUUGGGAGUUAUGCAUAUCCAAAGAGUGAGAUGAUCUACACCUGGACCAAAGGUCCUGAGAAAUCAGUCGAAGUUCCGAAGGAGUCUUCCAGCUUGGUUCAGUAUGACUUGAUAGGGCAAACAGUAUCAAGUGAAACUAUCAAAUCAAUUACGGGUGAAUAUAUUGUUAUGACGGUUUAUUUCCACCUCAGACGGAAGAUGGGUUAUUUUAUGAUUCAGACUUACAUUCCAUGCAUUAUGACAGUGAUUCUUUCUCAAGUUUCCUUCUGGAUAAAUAAGGAAUCCGUUCCAGCGAGGACUGUAUUUGGAAUAACCACUGUCCUCACCAUGACUACACUGAGCAUCAGUGCAAGACAUUCUUUGCCCAAAGUGUCCUAUGCCACUGCCAUGGAUUGGUUCAUAGCUGUUUGCUUUGCUUUUGUAUUUUCGGCCCUCAUUGAGUUUGCUGCUGUCAACUAUUUCACCAAUAUUCAAAUGGAGAAAGCCAAAAGGAAGACAUCGAAACCUCUCCAGGAAAUUGCAGCUCUUCCAGUGCUGAGAGGAAAGCAUCCAGAAGCCUCUCUGCAGGUAUUUGAUUUAAUCUCUAUCAGUGUAAGAGUUCAACUUCGUGUUCACGGCAAUAAGUCAUUUCAGGUUCUGAGAAAAUAUUAA